AUGGGACCUCCACAACAAGGAAACCGAGUCAAACGCCAGGUACUGGAUAGUGAAGAUGAGGACAUGGAAGAUGUCCACGAGAGUGUAGCUGAACCGCGACUCCCUUCACCCGUCAAGUCCAAGCAACCGACCAUGUCACCAACGAAGCCACUACGAACCCCAGCGCUAAGUCGUGUAGCUGAAUCGCCUGCCCUUGGCUCGCAAUCUCCUGGACUUGCGCCGCUUUCUUCGAGCGAAGAUGCUCUUAUCAACAAGUUCCUGUCAUGGACCCAAGAAGACUUCGAAUCGAAGCUGGCCGAAGCUGGCGAACGUCAUGCACAAGCUACCGACGAAUAUAUGAUGGCUAUGGAGUCUCUCGACCUCGACGACGUACCCGCUCAUAUUUCCAAAGCCCUUGAGCAGGCAGGGGAGAUUGAAGAAGUCUUGAAAAGCCUAAAGAGCUCCAAAGACAGACUCGAUGCCCUAGACUUUGAGAUGAAGAGCAUCUCAGGUCUUGUGAGAAAAGCGAUCCUCGCUCGACAAAAACCUACCAAAGAACAGCAGGACAUGAAACAGCUCAAGCAACGUAUCCGCGAUACACAUACUGACAUCCUACCGCAUCUCCAAAGUCUUGAGUCUGCCGGUCUCAUGUCCACUUUCCAAAAGCCUGCUGCUGUUGUGGUGAAGUCAACUCAGGCGGCACCCAGGGCAAAGACUGAGGUCCUGCGAAGUCCUGGUCUCGACAGAAUCAAGCAAACUCAGCUACCCAAUGGCAGGAAUAUCGAAACUUUCCCUGGUGUCGAGGAUACUCCACCUAGGCCAGCAAGAAGGAUCAAGCCCGAACCAGACGUUGAGGAUCCCAGCGUGAUGGAGAUUAUGCCCGACGAGUUCGACGAGUUCGAAGUAGAGGAUGAAAGCGUCUUCAGCAACAUCAUGGGCACACCUCCAGCGCAGAUUGUUGAAGAAGAUUACGAUGAUGAGUUUGGGGAUGACGAAGAUCUUAUGGAGCUCGCAACUGAGUUUGAGGAUCACUCCACUUUCAACGGCGCGUCUCAUCAAUCCAACGAACGCUUCGCGAUCGGUCAGACAUCAAAUGCUACCAAGUCCCGACCAAAGAAGACCACGCCUGCCAAGAAACCAAGGACGCUCGACGAGGAACUUGGGAAUUUCCCGUGGACCAAAGAAGUCAAGAGAGCUCUUGUAAGCAGAUUCAUGCUGCCUGGUUUCCGCUUGAAUCAAGCCAACGCGAUCAAUGCUACACUCGCUGGCAGACACGUCUUCGUGCUUAUGCCAACCGGAGGUGGUAAAUCCCUUUGCUACCAAUUACCAGCAAUAGUCAAAUCAGGAAAGACGUCGGGCGUUACUGUUGUUGUAUCGCCACUGUUGAGUUUGAUGGAAGACCAAGUCUCACACCUGAGAGCCCGCAACAUUCAGGCCUUCUCACUCACUGGUAGUACAACGAUGGACGAACGCAGGGAGAUCACGAGCACUUUCACCAAACCGAAUGUACAGGAAUUCGUUCAGCUGCUCUACGUUACUCCAGAAAUGUUGAACAAGAGCGGUAUGAUGAAAACAGCCUUCAGAGAUCUGCAUCGCAGAGAAAAGCUUGCGAGGAUUGUCAUCGACGAAGCACACUGCGUCAGUCAAUGGGGACACGAUUUUCGCCCCGAUUACAAGGAGCUCGGUAUGGUCUUAACAGAUUAUCCCGGUGUGCCUAUAAUGGCCCUCACAGCCACUGCGACGGAGAAUGUCAAGGUCGACACAAUUGGCAAUCUCGGCAUUAAUGGAUGUGAAGUCUUCUCGCAAAGUUUCAACCGUCCAAACCUGAAGUACUAUGUCUAUAACAAGCCAAAGAAGUCAGCAUUGCUUGACAAAAUCCAGGAGAUUAUUGAGGAAGAACAUCGGAACGAGUGUGGUAUCAUAUACUGCCUUUCGAGAAAACAAUGCGAAGACGUCGCCGCAGAGCUUUGUAAACGCCGUGUCAAAGCUCAUCAUUAUCAUGCUGGCAUGGAAGCCGAAGACAAAAGUAAAGUCCAGAGGGAUUGGCAGCGAGGCGAGACCAAAGUGAUUGUCGCGACCAUCGCGUUUGGUAUGGGUAUCGACAAGCCAGAUGUCCGCUUCGUCAUCCACCACACGAUUCCCAAGAGUCUCGAGGGUUACUACCAAGAGACUGGCCGCGCUGGACGUGAUGGCGCAGCAUCUGAUUGUUACCUGUUCUAUGGCACCCACGACUUGUUCACGCUGCGCAAGAUGAUCGAUGAAAACCAGGACGGCAGCAAGGAGCAGAAAGACCGUCAGCACGACAUGCUUCGCAGAGUUGUGCAAUUCUGCUUGAACAAGACAGACUGUCGCCGCGUUCAGGUUCUUGCUUACUUUGCCGAGAGUUUCGCGAAGGAAGAUUGUAACAACGCCUGCGACAAUUGCAACACAACUGAGGAAAUGGUCGAAGAAGAUUACACUGAGCUAGGACUUGCCGCUGUUGAGCUUGUCAAGGAGAUCGCUUCUGCUCGCAACGUUACUCUACACCAGUGUCUUGAUCUAUUCCGUGGCACUGGUCGCGGUAUCAGCGAUCAAGACAAAGAAGCCGAGAACUUUGGAGCAGGCAAAGACCUUGACCGAGAGAACGUUGAUCGUCUUUUCGGUCUCCUACUGGCUGAGGAUGUUAUUCGCGAAUUCUCUGUCUUCAACAAGUCGAAGUUCGCCAAUCAAUAUCUUGGUCUUGGACCAAAGAGACACAUGUUUGGUCAUGGCCGUGGCAAGCAGAAGUUGAUGCUUCACGUUCCGGCAUCAGCUGGAAAGGGCACUAAACGCAAGCCAAAGGUUGCGACAGGCACUGGCGUCAAGGGCUCCAAAGCGGCCAAGAAAGGCCAGCAGUAUCCUUCGACAAACAUCUCCUCACCCGUCCAAGCGGGUCCAAGCCACAAGCGUGGCGGGCUUACGUACAAUGGCUACGAACGUGACACUUUCAUCGUCGACGAUCCCGACGAGGACGAUGAUUACGCUGAAUCAGAAGACGAGGAUGAUUGCUUCGAGCCUCUUCGAACCGACGCGAAAGUUCGCUCUCGGAACCAGAGGGAGCUUGGUGCUCCGAUCACUAGGGAUGAGGCCAUUCACAAUUUGGACGAAGUCCACCAGGACGUGCUCGCGUCAUUCGUCCAAGAAGCCAAAGACCAAAUGCUGGCGAUCAUGAAGAAGAAAAACUUGCGUCAACAACCAUUUUCGGAUACCAUGCUACGUGAGAUGGCUAUCAAAUUCCCCAAGAACCUGGUAUCCAUGAAGAGUAUUCGUGGUAUCGACCACAUGAAGGUUGAUUGUCACGGGGCAAGUCUGCUUCCUCUGAUUGCGCAGUACAAGAAGCAGCUUGAUACCAUGAUGCAAGCUUCUGAGGACGUACCAUACGAUCCCAAUCACGUCACUGCUAUCUACAUCGACAGCGACGAUGAAGACAAUGACGACGAGUAUGCAUACGACUCUGACCCCGAAGCCGCAAGUCAAGAAAAGUCUUCAUAUUUCCAGCCUAAUCGCGAGGUCGAAGCGUUCAACGCCAGGUUCUCACAAUCACAAGCAGCUCCACGAGCAGCUGUGCCCCCAACCAACAAGCGUGCUCGUGCCGAGUCUGGUGGCGCCAGGUGGAGUGGUAAAAAAGGAGCUCCGCGUCGACCAAGCUACCCCAAAGGCAAGUCUGCUGCUGGAGGAGCGGUCAAGAAACGUGCGCCGGCCGCGAAGAAACAAAGUGGUAUUGCCUCCAAGUUUACGUACAACAGUGGCGCUGGUCCGUCUAAGAAGAGUGGUGGGAGUGGUGGCACUUCUAGUGGGAUUGGCAUGAUGCCGCUCUGA